AGAUCAAGUUGACAAAGAUAUGGACUCUCCAGUAUUGAAGCCAGCCAGUGAGGAGAUGGACUGAAGGGGCGAAUUUUGCCGGCGAUGUCAAGAAGAAGCUGAGCAGGAAAAAGGUACUCCUAAAAGUUCUAGUUCAAUCUGUCAAUUCUGUGGCUGCUAUCUCGUUGUCGUUUUCCUAAUUAGCGAUUAAGAUCGCUGCCAUCAAAUGGUUGGUUGGCCGUUGGGGCCAGCAAUUGUCCACGCCAGCCGCGAGAACUUUACCCUUUCCUUAUCUCUCCGAUUCCAUUCUCCGAUCGCUCUUCUCAGACUCUGGUUGGCUAGCGCCAUUGUUUAUUCUUGCAGCUUCUCCCUAAGAAUGGCAUCUAUGGCUAAGACACAUUGUUCCAUUCCUUCUAUCCUCCCCUCUCUCAACAUACCCAGAACUUCAUCUUCACAAAAUCUCCCAAUUCUCUCCACUUCAUUUCACUCUCAAUUUUGCGGGCUUAAGUUCUCAAAUCCCGCCACUGCCACUGCUCCUGCUCCUUAUCGUUCUUCUUUCCGGACUUCGAUUGUUGCCAAGGUGAACAAAGGGCAGGUGCCACCGACCUUCACAUUGAAAGAUCAGGAUGGCAAGGUUGUGAGCCUUGCCAAGUAUAAGGGCAAGCCUGUUGUUGUCUACUUCUAUCCUGCCGAUGAAACCCCUGGCUGUACUAAACAGGCAUGUGCCUUUAGGGACUCAUAUGAGAAGUUUAAGAAAGCAGGAGCUGAGGUUGUCGGGAUCAGUGGCGAUGAUUCAUCUUCACACAAGUCAUUUGCUAAGAAGUAUAGGCUGCCUUUUACAUUGCUGAGCGAUGAGGGUAACAAAAUAAGGAAAGAAUGGGGAGUUCCUUCAGAUCUUUUUGGAGCUUUACCGGGGAGACAGACGUAUGUUCUUGACAAGAAGGGAGUGGUGCAGCUCAUCUACAACAACCAGUUCCAACCAGAGAAGCACAUUGAUGAAACCCUCAAGCUGCUUCAGAGUCUUUGACUCUAGUCUCUCCCACUUCUUCUCUCUCAGUUUUCUCACCACACCUAAAAAAAUGCUCUCAUUUUUGUAAGAAUGUACUGCUGCUACUGGCUAAUGGUCACUUUCAGUACUUGUAAAAAAUAAUAAGAAUUAAGAGGUAAUGGUUGCUUCUCGUUAAUUUUCAAAAACUGUCCAAGUAUUGUAUGGUACUGUCUGCACUGCUCCUUUGAGAUCCUUCACUCUCUCUUGGUAUCAUGCAAGAUGUUUAUUUGUACCAAUUUGCCCGAUUUUAUGCAUGGAAGUUUUUGGAUG